AAGAUGUUAAAAGAGUGUUACAAAACGUACUCGAUCUCAACUCUGAUAUACCAUAAAAACAUGGAGAAAACGGAGUUCAAAACAAACAGUAAAGCUUUCAUGAUGUCAAACUGGGAAUCUUGCUUUAUGUCAUGCUGUAGAUUGCCGUAUUGCAGUCAAGUAGUGCAUAAUCAGCAUGUUUGCAUGCACGUUCAGUGUGAUGGUACUUCUAAUCAAGGUUUCUGUAAAUACCGGCCAGGCAAUCUCAAAGAUAAUGAUCUACAUGGUGUCAUCAUAKAGUAUCCACGCACAGGUGGAUCUCURGGAAAACAAUUAGAUAGUCUACAAUUUCGUAACGGCCCUUCAUUAGUGACAUCGGACAUGCGUUUUACGUUUACUCAGCAGUGUGCACAAUACGUCGAGAAAGAAAAUGUCACAGGUGUCGCUACAUCGUGGGCAACGAAGCGGUUUUCGCCUUUUUCGUAUUUAUAUCAAGACAAUGGUAAAGAGCCUGCACUAGGGAUGCGGUCAGCAGUUCCUCUUGGAGGCCUGGGUACAGGUUCUUUCGAACUAAGAGCAGAUGGAUCAUUUAAUGAGUGGACUUUGGAGAACCAGUCACCAGGAGGAUCGGCAAAGUUAAGCCGAGGAGCCUUAGAUCUGGCUUUUCUGGCUAUUAGAGUCCAAACUCUACAAGGCAUAAAGGCAUCUUUGCUAAGAACACACCCUCCACAUGGACUUCCCGGUGUAUCUGGUCUUGCAUACUCAGGGAGCUUUCCUGUGUCAAAACUUGGCAUUGAAGACGAAGGGUUUUCGGGAUUAAAAAUGGAGGUGUAUGCUUAUAGUUCAAUCAAGGCCAGAAGUGCAGUGGACUCGGCUUUGCCGGCUGUUGUCUUGUCUUUGCGUAUUCGUAAUCCUACAUCUAACAGGGCUGAAGUAUCGUUACUUCUUAACUUACCACUCGGGGAACAGCCAGAUACUGCACGAAAAGGCGGCAACUUUAAAGUGAUACAAGACAUCUCAUCAGCGGCAGCUUGUGCGCAACUUUGCCGAAACAAUAACAAAUGUAUGGCUUGGUCACUAGUGAAGACAUCGUAUCUGGCUUUUCUGGCUAUUAGAGUCCAAACUCUACAAGGCAUAAAGGCAUCUUUGCUAAGAACACACCCUCCACAUGGACUUCCCGGUGUAUCUGGUCUUGCAUACUCAGGGAGCUUUCCUGUGUCAAAACUUGGCAUUGAAGACGAAGGGUUUUCGGGAUUAAAAAUGGAGGUGUAUGCUUAUAGUUCAAUCAAGGCCAGAAGUGCAGUGGACUCGGCUUUGCCGGCUGUUGUCUUGUCUUUGCGUAUUCGUAAUCCUACAUCUAACAGGGCUGAAGUAUCGUUACUUCUUAACUUACCACUCGGGGAACAGCCAGAUACUGCACGAAAAGGCGGCAARUUUAAAGUGAUACAAGACAUCUCAUCAGCGGCAGCUUGUGCGCAACUUUGCCGAAACAAUAACAAAUGUAUGGCUUGGUCACUAGUGAAGACAUCGUGUAAACUAAAACACAAGAUGCCUCUUCAUGCUUACAAAGAAGGWGUGACAUCAGGAGUUAAAAACCAUUGGGUAAGAAAUUAUGGGAGACUGACUUGCACCCGGCCUGGGAGCUACUCAAAUAGUGGGAACACAACUAUAAUGUGGGUUGCUAAUGACUACGAUCACCAUGACGGCUAUGGCAACGGUUACUAUGACGAGAGACAACAGAACAAAUUGAGGUCUAACAUGAAGCAAUACAGUAAUAAUAACAGCAUUGAUAARAAAGGCUACUACUACAACAACUACAAUCYKUAUUACAACAAACAAAGACGCAGUUCAAACGAUAAUCAACGACACAAACCAAAUUCACACAAAAUCACAUUCUCGUCCACUGUUUCUGACGACAUUGACCUAAUAUGGAAGUAUUUCGCUAAAUAUGGUCAUCUUAGGAAUAUGGCUUUCAAGGAGUCGGGAUUUCAUGGUAGUGCUYCUGGGAAGAUGAGCCUGGGACCUGGAGAGGAGGGUACCAUAUCGRUGGUAAUGUCCUGGUUCUAUCCUUAUAGGGACCAUGCAGGAGAAUAUGUCGGCCAAUAUUAUAGAAACAUUUUUAAGUCGAGCGAAGAUGUAGCAUUCCACACGAAACAAAACCUUCCCAAGAUCCUAGACGAGCUGCAAAUGUGGCGUGAUAAUAUGACACCAUCAAACAAAGACAGUGACGAAGUAAAGCCUUCGCUUCCUGAUUGGCUACAGGAUAUGCUUGUCAACAGUCUUAGCUCUUGGCGUAUAGGAUUCUGGGUAGCCGAUGGACGAUGGAGGCAGUGGGAGACCUUUGACUGCAAUGAUGUCGAUUCUGUUCAUAAUGACUUUCAAAGAGAARUACCUUACAUCUUGUUCUUUCCAGGUCUAUUGGAGAAUGUAGUUCGCGCGUGGGCCAGUUCUCAGCACGAAAGUGGUUUGAUCCUUGAAGCCUUACAAGGACAGUACGGAUGUUGGUCGAAAACAAACAAACUCGAUACCGUUGGUGGACGGUACAACAUGGCGGACGUAAAUCCAGCUUUUAUUACACAGGUAUAUCACCUCUACAGAUGGGCUGGCAAAGACAAGUUACUACAAGAGUUAUGGUCAGCGGUUCGCAAAGCAAUAAUAUGGAUGAUCAAAGGUGSAACCGAAGGCACCGGACUCCCAUUUCGCAUGACAAACACUUAUGACAUUUUACAGCUACAGAAUUAUGACCAUUCGUUCUAUAARAGUGUCAUGUAUUUGCUCGGGCUCAGAGCAGCAGAGGAAAUGGCAGAAAUCUACGAAGAUGAAGAUCUGUUGUUUCUUGUUCGAGAUUCCAUUCUGAAGGCAGGCAGGAAAAUCGAUGCURUAUUCUGGGAUGACGAAAGGGGUUAUUAUCAUGCUUGGUGGGACCGAGCGAAAGGCUCACCACCGUGGCUGAUGGCAGACUCUCUCUAUGGACAGGUUUGGGCUUACACUUUAGGACUUGGGGACCUYCUUCCUGUUGCUAAGAUGCGGUUACACCUUGAAAAAGAAGGCAUUCUAAACGACACACCGUACGGUUUGCAGGUAGUAACAAAAAACAUCGCAAAAAUCAGCCAAAAAAUAUUUAAGAGAGACCUGGAUGACUUCGAGACAGAGGACAAUAUAGUACAUGAAGAAGGUCUGCAAUACCCUUACAUGUGGACCACUAUGAAUGGAGGUGGCUACUGGAAGUCAUUUAAUGAAGAACCUGGAAGCGAACCAAAUCAAAUUAUCGAAAGGCCACAACCAAACUAUUUUUAUUCGUCAACAGUCGAGCAAUAUCGRCCGACGAGUAAAGUCGAAACUGCUUUAAAUGGAAAAUUAGAAUAUUCUCCAAACAUUUUUGCUUUUUACACAAACAUUCGGCCUAGUAACUAUGCAGMMGUGCAAGYUGUAGAUAGACUGGCAGCUAAUGACGCCACGGCGGCCAAUAAUUACCUUUAUACUAAUGACUACCAUAGCAGCAACAAUGAUGAUAACAAUAAUGACAAAUAUAUUAGCAAUCAUAGAAAUAAUAAGAAAAUUAUUAAUAGUGAUAACAAAAAGACUAURUACGGUAAGAUCCCUAGAAACACGAAUUGCUCAUUAUUGCACAAAGACUUGAUGUUUGGUUCAAUUUGGAUGGGAGCGAGUCCAGAUUGGACYACAUUACAAAUACACUUGGGGCUAGAUCCCAGCAAAGCAUUAGAACAGGCACGCAAAUCUCUUAACCAUUAUAGAACAAAACUGAAUGACUUAUGGAAUAUCCAUGGCUUGACUGCGGGCUCAGGUCAUGGUCUAGAUGGCCAACCGUGGUGUACUUCUCAUUAUACAUUUCAUAUGGUAUUAUGGCACAUCCCACUAGCUUUGUCUGGUCAGCAGUAUUCCAUCAUAGAGCGUGCGCUACAAUUCAACCCCAAGUUACGGGUGCCAUAUUCGUUACCAUUCUUCGUUCCUUACGCUAGUGGGACUAUCGAGGCGGUUCAUGGUCGSGCUYGAGUGUCAUUUACCUUGACAGUAACACAUGGAUACCUGGUUUUGAAACAGCUAAGUAUUUCAGGGGUCGAUUGGCCGGGAACGGCUUUGAAACUCGAAAAAGGUGAAAGUACAACUUGGUCUUAAAACAAACAUCUAACGAAGUGAAAACAAGACAAAAAAUAUGCUUCAAAUUACGAGAAACCUUUCACAAGUCACAAACUGACAUGCUUUAUGUGAAAGCGUACCCAACCGGUUCUGGGUUGUUACUUUACGCCUUCUUAGGAUCCACUUAGGAUCCACUUCUUAUUUCCAGACGAAAUCAGUAUCAGAAAUGGAGUGAUUUUGUAUCACAUUGAAAAUAAAUGCUUUGCAACAAAUAUAUCAACAAAAAUUGUACUUCAUGAAUAAAUGCUCUUUAAUAUUCUUUAUCACUUGUUAAACUACAAAUCAUAUCCUUUAUGGUUGCACGAAGGGUGGAUAA